UUUACCUAUCUGACGUACUUUAUGUACAUGCCCCCCCUACAUACAAUCUUUUUCAUUUUGCUGUAAAUGUGCAUAUCCUCAACUGAUGCGAAGUUUGCGUUGAGUGAUAAAAUUUUGACCAAAAUGUUGCUAAACGUAUUGCUGGCGUGGUCCGUUUCUUGUAUUGUGUCCAGUAUAGCGUGCCUCCUUCUGGGGGUUUGUUGUGCCAGGUUGUGCUAUCUUCUGUGGUGGACGAGGCGAAUUCAAAUGCAGGUGAAUCAAAAUUUCAAAAUUUUGUAUUAAAGAAAUGUUAUAAAAUACAAUUUUGAACCUAAUAUUUUUAAAUUGUGACAAAAACCAAUGCAAGUUUUCAACGACAAUAUUAAAUUCUGCUCUGUAAUCUGGUAAUUCUUUGUGAAAUAAACUUUGAUUUUCAGUUCGGAGUGUUAUAAAUGCAUACGUUUUUUUGAAUUCUAUUCAACUUUUUUUUCCUUGACUUUCAAUUCUAUCAGGAUUCUGACUAUGAAUCUGGCCUUUUGGGAAAAAGCCGAAGACAAUAUUUUACGAAAAACGUAGCCUUUCUGCUUAUCGCUGCCGUGUCGAACGGGGUCACCUUAGUGAGAGCGUAUUCUUGGCGUGACAUGGAUUUCAUGCGUCUCAUCUGGUUCGGAUUGAUGGAUCUGGCUGUAUCUUUGAUGAUAUUUGGGAUGCAAUCUGACAACCCAGAGAAGGUGGACGUGUAGGCGAAGGGGGUACAAUGAGACAAAUAAACAUCAUAAAUUAGACAGAAAUUCUAAAAAUCGAGACAUAUGCGAGAACUGUAAUUGUGCAGGAAUGAGAUUUUUAUUUUUACGGGAAAAAAGUGUGUGUAUGGGGACCGUGCAGGAAGGAUGUGGCAGAUCAUUGAUAGAUUUGUUCAUAUAUUUAUUUUAUUCAGCUACCAUCCUUUGUUCAAAAAUUUGAAAAAAAUCUGCAAGUUAUGUUUUUUACACAGUGUGCUCAAAUGUUGUCAUUCUGUGUGCACAGCAUCAUUAAAAAGUGAGCCGUGUGUUCGUCUUCCUCCAAACGUGGAGGUAAUAAAGGAAGAUGUCAGUGUGCCAAAAAUAGCUAAAAACCGGCUCCAGAUGCUGAUCUUGUCCGAGUCAAACUGAACUUCAGUCGUUUAACGGAGUGUCAACUAAGAAGUAAAAGUAAAAAUCGGAUUUUGGUUAAAAAUUGAAAAGUUGAAGAGUUUUGAAAGUUCUGUAAGAAAUUUCACACCAUAAAAUUGUUUGUGCCAUGAUGUGGAAUAUUUUGACCUACGCGUACAACACGUUGCUCGUCAUCUUCAUCGCGACACAUCUCCUCGUAGGUGCACUCAUUUCUUUCCUGGUCGGACUUUACUUGGGAAUUUAUUUGGCGCAGAAUUAUGCCGUGCCAAGAAUCACUGAGCCGUCCUUGCUGUAUGAAAAAGUGGUCCGAUUUCUGGAGCAGCAUCGACUCCGAAGUAUUCGACCGGCCAGAAUUAUGACGUUGAUUCGAGAAGAUUCUCCCACCGGAAAGAGCGACGAUGUGGUCCAAGGAUUACUUCAAGUUAAUGCGAGAUCUGAUUCUUUAGAAAAUGAGGACAACCAGGGAACAAAUGCAGCAAUCUUAUUUUCUACGCAUGCUCACCUCGAGUAAAAAAAUUGGAAAGACUAAAUAACUUGCACAAAGUAUUAAUAAUGGGAGGUUAUAAUUAAAGAAACAAUUUAAUGAUUAUCCAUGAAUUAUUAGUAUAAUACUUAUUUAAAAACAUUUAUGAAAUUAAUUAUAUGUAAUAGUUUCACAUUGAUAUGUACGAUUUCCAAAAUUUUCUUGCACUUUUUUCCUCAUUUUUUUGAUUUUUAAUAUUGCAACGAAGGUCGUUUUAUUUUGUACUUGAAUGAUGAAAAUUAAUGGUCAGAUUUUUUGCGAUGUUUUGUAUUUUGUACAUAUAUAUUUAUUUGCUAAUUAUUGAGGAUCUGCGAUACACUAAAUAACCCACCUACUAAUUUGUACAUAACCAAAUAUAAGAUAAUGAAUAUUUACUCAUUCUUUUAAUGCAUUUGCAGAUGCAAGCGUGUAAAGUUGAAUUAUGUAAUUAUAACAAAUACAUGCUUUUACAAAAGUAAUGAAGUAACACUGUAGAUACAUUAAUUACUUGUCAUUUAUGAGAUUCUUAGAUUAGUUUGCUAAAUUUGAUUGGUAAUUAAGUACCCACUCCUGCCAAGCCUGAAAAGUUUUUUGAAGGGGAUGCAUCUAUGUAUUAAUCAAUUUCGUAUUAAGGUAAGGGUAAUUAUGGUUUAAUGGCGAAAAAUACAUGCAUGGCUUGUGCAUCGGAUAUGCAAAGUAUGUCCAUUUACAUAUCAAAGUAUCCAAUUCCCUCCUUUCGUCAUACUUAAAUUAUACGAUUUUUAAAGUUAUAAAUACAUACAUGAGGACAAUA